GACGGAUGUAGAAUGUAGAUAGAUUGUCGCCGAAAUGUCAGACCUCGACGUCGUGUAACCAUUCUAUCUGCAACUAGUUCUACAACUUACUUUCCUAAUUUCCUAUAUAAUUCCGGCGUCCGGCCACCGUAGUCCAUGGUUGAUGUUGUAUUAUUGUCAUUAUUGUUCUGUGAUAUUAUUUAUUCAAUAUUAUCAUAAUAUUAUGCAAUUAGUAAUUAUUCCCGAUGAUAUCAUAUAAAAAUAUGAGUGUGUUAUCUUUAGGUGUAACGCAAAAACCGCAUGCUGAUUGCUGAAUGAAUAUAAUAUAGAAAUUGAUCAUAUAUUCUGGAAAUUUGUCUUUCUAUCAUUCGGUAGCUUACCACACUUACAAAACAACUUUUCAACCAAAAUGACUUCAAUUAUAAACUAUCCAUUCCGGAUCUGUAGGUCUGUCUUGACUACUUCAUUGGCAACGGAAAGUAGGAUAAAUGGUAUAAUGGGCUACAACAUUAUUCAUCGUAAAAUGUCAGAUGCUGCUGCUGAUGAGUGUAAAGAACAAUUAAAAGAAAGUAAAGAUAAGAUUGAUAUUGAAGCACUUGUAAAACAAAAUGAAAAUUUACAUGAAGAAAAUAAAAAUUUAACUGAAAAGGUUAGGAGAUAUUUAGCCGAAACAGAAAACAUACGCAAACGUACUGUUAAAGAAACUGCUGAUGCUAAAAUUUAUGCAAUUCAAGGAUUUUGUAAAGAUUUGCUAGAUGUGGCCGACAGUUUAAGUAAAGCUACUGAAUGUGUACCGAAAGAAGCAGUAUGUGAUAGUAAUCCACAUUUGAAACAUUUAUAUGAAGGCUUGGUGACUACUGAAUCACAAUUACAAACAAUUUUCCAAAGACAUGGGUUAAUGUCUAUAAAUCCUUUAAAUGAAAAAUUUGAUCCCAAUUCUCAUAAAGCUUUAUUUGAACAGGUUGUUGAAGGCAAAGAAGGAGGUAUAGUGGUUGUAGUUUCCCAAAUUGGAUAUAAAUUACAUGAGCGUAUCGUAAGAGCAGCUGCUGUUGGAAUCAGCAAGGAACCAAAUCAAUAAAAAUCUAUUAAGUCUUUAAUUUAAGUAUCUGUUGUGAAAAUAAUCAAGAAUAUAAAUGAAUAUACAGCCCAUAGUUUAAGUAGAUUUAAAAAAAAAAUUAUGUAGUUUAUUUUUUUCACACAGUUAUUUGAAAUUAAUUAUACUUAUUGUGAUAUAAUAUGCUACAUACAAACCUUAUUCCAUGAUCUGACAGGUAUAAUUGUAUUGACUAAGGAUUUAGUAGAGAAAUAAUUAAAUAAUUAUAAUAUAAUAUGUUUAAUGCGUAUAAAAGGGUAAUAACUAAUAAAAGAAUGAAGAUACUUGUUUGUCAUUACUUAAUCAAAAUAAAGACUAGUACAUACAGUGUAUUGUUCAAA